GAAAGUGACCAGGUUUCAGUUUCACUUAAAGAAAAUGGAGUUUUCUAGAGAAAAAAGGUUGAAGGCAAGACUUGCUGGUGAUAGACGAGGAGAUCUGUAUCCUCACAGCCUGCAGUUCUACCUGCAGCCUCCCACUGAAAAUAUUUCUCUAGCUGAGUUUGAAAAUUUUGCCAUUGAUAGGCUUAAAUUGCUCAAAGUAGUUGAGAACCUUGGUGUGAGCUAUGUGAAAGGUAGUGAUGAGUACAAAAGCAGGCUGGAGCGUGAGAUUCGAAAGCUUAAAUUUCCAUUCAGAGCUUUGGUUGAGGAUGAUUAUGAUGCAAGGAGGAAAGACCAUAUCUCUCAUUUCAUACUGCGCCUUGCUUACUGCCAGUCUUGGGGUAUCGGGGUUUAUCCCCGUUCCUCCGCCCUGGUACCAGGGCUUAUGCCCAAGUCUCCGAGUUUCAAGCCUUGCUCGGCCUGUCUCAAGCCGAUGCCCAUUGGAGACCCCCAUGACUCCUGUCUGAAGUGCCUGGGGGAAGCUCAUGUACCUGACAAGUGCUGCAUCUGCAAGGCUUUCAAGCCUCGGACAAAAAAGGAGCAGGACUUCCGUCUAAAACAGCUCCUGAUGGAAGCGGCACUUAGCCCGAUGCCCCCGGCACUGUGCGCAGACCAGGCACCGUCGGUCUGCAGCAUGCCUCCGGCAACGGAGCGACCCAGCACCAGCCAGGUACCUCGGCACCAGAUGUCUCCGGCACUGGUACAGAUGCAACACCGCUUGCUGUCUCCGUGGCCCAAGAAGCAGCACAAACCACCUGUUGCUCCUCCACAGGUGCAACCACCGCCGGCGACCUCAGUGGAGCAGCGCGCUAUACUGGACCACACUGCGAAGGCGUCAAUUCCGGCGCCGCAAGCGCCAUUGAGUCUGGUGCAUAUAAGCUCCCUGGUGCACACCGUGGUUGAGCUGGGCCUGCCAUCCACUCCGGAGACCUUCUCCACUGCUCGCGACCUGAUCGUGCUGACUGAGCCUGCACCGUCUCACCCUCUGGCACCACCGGUGCAGACUGUCCCAUCCAUAGGGAAGCCCGCCUUCAUUCGACCUCCUUUGCAGAGCGAAACAGCUCGGCACCGCUCUCAAUCCCGGUCCGAUCUCCAUCUCGGCGCCGGUCGUACUCGCGGCACCGCUCCGCCUCCUGGAGGUCUCCCUCCCAGUACGAUCGGUACCGAUCCAGCUCCCGGCACCAGUCCUGGCACCGCUCAUUGUGCAGUCGGUUCCAGCACCGCCUGCACCGUCGGUCGUCGUCCAGAUCCAGAUCGACCUCCAGGCACGUUACGAUCGUCGGUCCCGCUCCUGAUCACGCUGCACAAAGGAGUCUGGACAUGUGUAGAAACAGGUGAAAAUGAAGAACCACCAUCUGACGAAAUUAGCAAAGAAGUGAAAGAAAAACUUGCUGUCCAACUGCUAAAUUCAACUCCUGGCCUCAGUGGAGCUAAAGUAGAAGAACUGGAAUUUUAUAAGGUUCCUUUACAGGAUGCUAUGGAUUUGUUUAGAGUAAGAAGAGUUUACCUUCUGAAUGCCUUCGCAUAUGUGCCUCAAACGGACAUAGUUGCAAUUGUUUUAAAUAACUUCAGAACCAAACUGUCUAAGGCCCUUGCGCUGACAGCACGAUCACUACCUGCUGUACAAUCUGAUGAGAGACUGCAGCCUUUGCUUAAUCACCUCAGCCAUUCCUAUGUUGGCCCAGAUUACAGCAUACAAAAAAAUAUUGGGAAAAUUUCAUUAGAACACAUUGAUGCUCUUUCUGUUAAAUCGUUUCCUCUUUGCAUGAGACAGUUGCACAAAGCCCUGCGUGAUAACCACCAUCUCCGUCACGGAGGCCGUAUGCAAUAUGGACUAUUCUUAAAGGGCAUUGGCUUAACACUGGAACAAGCUUUGCAAUUCUGGAAGUCUGAAUUUAUUAAAGGAAAAGUGGAUGCAGACAAGUUUGACAAAGGGUAUGCCUACAGCAUCCGCCAUAACUAUGGAAAAGAAGGCAAGAGGACUGAUUAUACACCAUUCAGCUGCAUGAAGAUUAUCCUGUCCAAUCCACCAAGUCAAGGGGAUUAUCAUGGGUGCCCAUUCCGCCACAGUGAUCCUGAGCUACUGAAGCAGAAGCUGCAGUCAUACAAGAUUCCUCCCACUGGGAUAACUCAGAUUUUGGAGUUAGUGAAAGGUAUGCAUUACCAGCUGGCCUGUCAGAAAUACUUCCAGUUGACACAGGAUGUUGAUGAUAUUGGGUUUUCUUUGAAUCAUCCCAAUCAAUAUUUCGCAGAGAGUCAGAAGCUACUAAGUGGUGGUAGAGAAGUGAAGAAAGAACCAAGUGAACCUGAAAGCUCCCAGCAAAAACUGAGUAGUCAGAAAAGUACAAAUUCAUGUUCCAUUCCCAUUUCUUCAAACACAGAAGCAGAUACAGAACUGGAGGGACUGGAUGCAUAUUUCACUGAAGACUGAGAAGCUUUGUUGUUUAUUUUUCUCCACUUUGUUACUUCCCUAUAAUUUUAGCAACAUUUUCCCUCAUAGUAAGAGAGUAAGCAUCUGGCUUUCUGGAGAGCUUGGGCCUGUAAGGCUCUAAGUUGGCUGAUGAAAAGAAAGAAGAGAUACAUAAAUUGUAAUUAUAUCCAGUACUUUUCCUUGUAGAUAGAGCACAUCGGUUCCAUAGUGCAGUCAAUUUCUAACUGCUUGGGGCAUGGGAACCGAAAAUUAGUUCCUAAAUUUGAAUGAUAUUGCAGUUUCUGGUAGGUGUUUCUGUGCUCAUAAGCAUUUUGUGUGUAACCCAUCUUUCUUUAUACUCCACAUUUUUAAAUAGCUUUCUCUUCACUGUUUUUCUUAAUAAACAUGUUGAAAUGUAAAAA